AUGGCAACUGCAAGUGACCGCGAAAAGCUGAGCUGUCUGAUUGCAGAUGAACCAGAAAGCAGUAAAAAUGAUCGUAACGUACAAAGAACAGGCCAGUACGGCACUGUUGCCACCACUGAUAAUUAUGUUGCCAACGAAAGCCGAAAUGCCUCCGUAAGCGGUAAUGAUAGUUACACAGCUAAUGCGGACCAAAACGCCAAAUUUAUCGCUCUCCAUCUUGAUUCGAUCAGUGACACAGAAAAGUUGACGGACGUGGCUUCAAACGAGACGGGCAGCGAUGAAGAUGAUUUCACGGAUACUAUGCAGUUUUUGAAUGGCAGAAUGCAAAGUAUGCGAAAUUUUUCGUAA